AACUUGAAUCGAGUAUUUUUAUCGAUAACAACAAUUAAUCACGAAUUUACUUAGAUAUUUUUGGUAUUUCCUCAAUACUCACAAGCGUUAUUCGAUUGUAACGGGAGUUGUUUUGCGCUGGCGGAUCAAAGCAGCUGUUGCUCCAAGCGACACACAGACACACACAAAUUCGUGAACGGCGCAAUAAAUGCACGCAAAUGUGCAACAUUAUCCGCAAAUAUGUAAAAGCCAAUGUCAACAGCGAAACAACUGCCACAGCAACAACAACAACAAUCACCAACAAUAACAGCACAGAGCAAAGUAUAAAAGCAGGAAAUCACAUUUUGAGAUUUACACAAGUCAAAGCGGGCGCAACAAAGCAGCAAAAACACGAAAAAUACCACAGCAACAACAACAAAGAAGCAGCAAAAAAGCUAUACAACAAUUACAAACAACCGUCAGUGUUCUGCUAAUUACAAAGUGACACAAUAAUGCUGCUAAGUUGCACUGGCAUCAUAGUAAAAUAAGAGCCAACACAAAGCGGUAAACAACCGUUAACUCCCAAAGGCGACAAAAUAAUCAAAAAGCAAGCCAACAAAUAACGGACACACAAACGAACCGCCAACGCAAAGGAUUCACUGCAAGGACGUUAAUUAAUCACAAGCUUGUGCAGAAAACGAACUUGCCGCAGCAACACUACUACCACAUACAUACAUACAUACAACACGCACACUCGGCAAACAAAGCAUUCAAGCAAUCAGCAACACGCCCAAAACAACCGCCGACACUGCAACAACGAAAGCUUAGCUGGAUAUCACAGAUUGGCUAAAGCAAGCUGACAGACACCAAAAGGCAACGGAUAGCUAACGGUCAGGCAUUGCCACAUUGCGGCGCGCAACAGCAAGGAGUUAAUAAUACGCCUGUUGCGGACACCGGCACUGUAAGCGCAGCAGGCAAUUAUCGAUAAUAGCAGACAGUUGAGAAGCUGUAGCAACCGGAAAGGCAGAGUUGCACGCGCCACAAAGGUAAACGCGUGCAACACGAAGCAGCAUUACACACACUCACACGCGCACACGACAUGUUAAGCCACAUUGAUAAGCGUGUGGCAAGUUGUUGUAGUAGCAGCAGCAGCAACAACAGCAAUAUGCGUAAUCAACAGCAUUAUACAGCGAGUUGCGAAGGCAACUGCAGCGAAAAUACAACAACAAAACACAUUAACUCUGCGCCACAACAACAUGAACACAGCACGCGCUCUUCCAUAUCACUGGCGCUGCUCACACAAACGCUAUUCUUGCUGUUGCUGCUCGUAAGCAUCUCGCCCACGGAUGGCAACCCCGACUGGAUGCAACACUGCAGCAUGUGCCAUUGCAAUUGGAACUCGGGCAAGAAGACAGCCGAUUGCAAGGCGCGCUCACUCACCGCCAUACCCGACGAUCUGAGCAACGAAAUGCAAGUUGUGGACUUCUCGAAUAAUCUGAUACCCGAGUUGCGGCGUGAAGAGUUCGCCGAUGCGAACUUGCAGAAUCUGCAUAAGAUCUUCUUGCGUAAUUGCACGAUACAAGAGGUGAACCGUGAUGCGCUCAAAGGUCUACCCAUACUCAUCGAGCUGGAUAUGUCGCACAAUUUCAUACGCGAACUGCAUGUCGGCACAUUCAGUGGGCUGGAGAAGUUGCGCACGCUCGUCAUGAAUCACAAUGAAAUCGAAGUGUUGGAAAAUUAUCUCUUUGUCGACUUACCAUUUCUAUCGCGCGUCGAAUUCAAGAAUAAUCGACUGAAGCAAGUCGAAGUGCAUGCCUUCGGUCAGCAGCCGAUGUUGUCGGCCAUCUACCUGGAAGCGAAUGCUUUGUAUGUGUUGCGCAAAGAGACCUUCACACGCAUACCGAAACUGACGCAUCUCUCGCUGGCGCAGAAUCCCUGGAACUGCACCUGCGAACUGCAAGCCUUACGCGACUUCGCGCUCGCCAAUCGUCUAUACACACCGCCCACAGACUGCGCACAACCGCCAGCGUUGCGUGGCAAACUUUGGACCGAUGUACCAUCGGAGAAUUUCGCCUGUCAGCCACACAUACUCGGCUCGGUGCGUUCGUUUGUCGAAGUGCAAUCGGAUAAUAUAACACUGCCGUGUCGUGUCGAAGGUACGCCGCGCCCAAACAUCACCUGGAUCUACAAUCGACGCGCCAUCAAUCCGAACGAUCAACGUUUUCGUGUGCUGAACUCGCUCGAACAACAGCCGGUCAUCAGCUCCGACCCGCUACAGUCGAUCACCUCUGAAUUGCGCAUUUUCAAUGUGCGCGCCAGCGAUAAGGGUGUCUACACGUGCAUUGCCGAGAAUCGUGGCGGCAAAGCGGAGGCUGAAUUUCAAUUGAUCGUCGAUGGUGACUUCUUUGGCGCGCUCGAAGGUAUCGGCGUCGGCAUGGGCGCCUCCACCACAGACACUCAAUCGAAUUUCCUACUCGUCAUCUGUUUAAUUGUCAUCACCGUGCUGUUGAUACUCAUGUGCGUGCUACUCAUUGCCUGCUGGUAUUGUCGACGUGCACGCUCUUAUCAAAAGGAUGCGACCAUGAUGAGUGAGAACGGUUUGAUAUCGACGAAAAUGGACAAGACCAAUAGUUCAAUGUUGGAGGGUUCGGUGAUAAUGGAAAUGCAGAAGAGUCUGCUCACCGAGGUGAAUCCGGUUGAGAAGCCGCCGCGUCGCACCGAACUGGAGAAUGUCGAUGGCAGCGAUGAGGGGCAUGAAAUCAAGAAGACACUACUGGAUGAAUCACAAUUCGGCAAUCACCCGCGCGACGAUGAAACCCACUCAGUCGCUCUGUCGGAUGCCAACGCACCACGCGUACGCCACACCUAUAUCGACGACACCUACGGCACCAGCCUGCCGCCCGAUCUGCUCGCCUUCCCGGCACGUGUGCCGCCCACCUCACCUUCCAUGCAAUCGUCGCACAGCAACAUACCGGAACAAAUCAUCUAUGGCAUACGCUCACCACCGCUCACCAGUCCUGUGUACGCGCACAUGACACCGCAUGGCAUCUACGGCACCACAACAAUCGCUGCCGCCACACCGAACGGUUUCAUGACACUACAACAUCCGAAAUCGCGCAACUUGGCGCUCAUCGCAGCGGCCAACAAUCGUCAACAGCUGCAACAGCAACAUGUACACGCCCACCUGCCGCCGCAGCAGCAUGGCGGCGCACACCAACAGCAAUCACCGUUCUUGCCAGCGCCCGUUAUGUACUCACCCACCACAGCGGUGGUGAUGAAGCAAGGCUACAUGACGAUACCGCGCAAACCGCGCGUUCCCAGCUGGGCGCCCUCCACAUCCACCACAAAUGCCACACAACUGAGCGAAUUCCAAUCGCCCACAUCGCCAAAUCCCAGCGAAACUGGCACCGCCACCACAGCCGAACUCCAAGCGGAGCCCGUGUACGACAAUCUCGGAUUGCGCACAACAGCCGCCGGCAAUUCGACGUUAAACUUGCACAAAGUACAUCCGGAGGCGAGUAGUGGCGCUACCACAUCGACGCGUUACACAAUGCGCGACCGCCCGUUACCGGCAACGCCGAGCCUUACUUCGGUGGCGUCAUCGAGCGCAUCGGCCGCUAUGCAACAACAGCCGCAAGCACAGCAAGCGCAGCAGCUACAACAACACACGCCAACAAAACAGAACAAAAGUGUCGCGAGCACAUCGGCGGCCGCCGCGACUGCAGCGAAAAUCUACGAGCCCAUACACGAACUGAUGCAUAAUCAUCAUAUGACAACGACCUCCGACACGGAGCCGCUUUAUGGCACCGCGCGACAUCACAACGGUCUCACAAUUGUGCCGAGCAUCAGCGGCAGCAGCGCACUAAACACUUCCAGCAGCACCAACGCGUCGACGGGUGAACCCACGAAAGUGGCGAAAAUACCGCCACGCCCUCCACCAAAGCCGAAGAAGAAGAUGUCGGUGACAGCGACACGCGGCGGCCAAGGCAGCACCAGCCAACUGUUCGACGACGAGGGCGAGGACGGCACUGAAGUUUAGUUGCACGACAACAAUGGCGGCGACAGCAACAGCAACACCAACGACAACAGCGACGACGCCACCUAAAAGUUUGCGGCAAAAAAUGGCAGCUCAUAAUAAUAAACCAUAUGCAGUGACAGCGUGGAGCAGCAACGAAAAU